AUGCGGUUCUUGGUUCAGUUCCUGUUCGGGUUCGGUUUUUUCGGAAGCGGUUCCUACGAAGAUCUUGGAGAUGAUGAAUGUGCCUGGACUAACCCGAGAAAACGUAGCCAGUCACCUCCAGGAUUUGUUCUGUUUCUUGAUGUGUUGUUAAGAAUUGGUGACAUUUUUUGGGGAUUGCAGAAGUACAGCAUCUAUCUAAGAAGGCUUGGAGGAGUAUCGCAGCACCAAGGCAACAUGAACCAUUCAUUUAUGACCGGUCAAGAACCGAGUUUCGGUCCAUUGAACGGGUUUGACCAUCUUCAAGCGCUAGCUGCUGCGAGUCACCUCCCUGCUCAGAGCCUUGGCCUUUACGAGCAGUAUCAUCAAGAAGAUCUCAUGAGCGCUCUUCUCAAGCAGGUUUGA